UUUCCUCGCGCUCGGAUUUCCUUCCUCGCUCUCCAAGUGCCUGGCGUCUUCACCCUUUUCCCUGCAGACUUUGCCCGACCCACGGCGGUACACAUAUACCCGAAUCAGGCCGAUUCCACAGCAAACUGAACUGGAGUCCGUCCAGCUUUUUGGCUGGAAUUCUUUCCGCGACAAACCUGAGAAGGAAGAGUGCAAGAACAAAAGAAAAGAAGGAGGGAAAGAAAAUAAGAAAACGCGAGCUGCAGAAACGCCCGCGCGAGACACAAGAGCAACGGGAGACUGUCCGACAGACUCCUAUACACGCCAGUCGAAGAGAUGCCUCUUCGUUUCCUACUCCAUCGCCGAAAAGUCCGAGUGUCGUUUUUCUUUUUCUGAUUGUGAAAACACGCAAGCCAAGGAGACACGAGGGGAAAAUCUUCGGGGAUAAAACGGUGCUGGCGCAUGUGCGGCGAACCCGGGGGGUCUGCCGCCUGCUUUGCUCUCCGCGAAUGGUCACGGCAUCAGAGUCACCUCGAACUCUUCUUGGCUUUUCCCAAAGCAGUGGCUUGCACUUCUCCAAAUUUUUUCAGACUGCUUGGGGGAGGCGAGAGAAGCUGCUACUCUAGCGACAAAAACGAAAGAAAAGCCGACAGAGCGCGAUGGACGGAGUUAAAGGACCGCAAGGAUUCAACCUGCCUCCGCGCCGGUGUUACAGCGAAGCACACGAGCAGCAGUCGUCUCUUUCAUUGGUUUUCUCUGUCGUUCGACGCGGAAAUGGUUUAUUUCGGGGUAAACGUGAACAAUCGGCUUGCCCGGUCCCUGACUAAAGGACCAACUUGCCCUCCGAGAAAGCUCUUCUCUCGUGAGGCCUACGUCUAGCCACAGAAAACCACAGCGAAGCAUCUAUGAGUAGAUUCAUCUAUAUAUACAUAUGCAUAUACACAUAUGUAUAUAUAUAUAUAUAUAUAUGCAUGAGAUAUUUGAGAAUGUGGUUGUUGAGUUGUUCGAGUGAAGCAAGGCAAACAGCGACUCGCAUGUGUAUCAAAGCGUAUGGAGAUGAAAGUGGACAAGUGUUUUGCGGCUCCUUGUAUUUUUUUCUAUUCAUCUCCAGAUGAGCAUGCACCUGUGUCUUGUGCAGUUUCAGUGAAUCCGCUUCUUCACUUGCGUCUGGCUGUGUGUCUGAGGACGGUUCUUUUGGGUCUCCGAUUCUCUUGAGCCGUCCGGAGGCCUUGGACGUCUUAUUCGUCUCUUUUCUGUUUAAGAAGUUUAUCUACGCGCUCGAGAGGCAAACUGUAUUAGAGUGCAUGCCAUGGCUUUCUCUUUUCUUGAUUUCUUGCAGCCAGUCCCCCUCAGUCUCUCUUCGUCCUCCACUCCAGGCGCGUCAGUGUCUUUCUCUUCUUGAUGCACCAGUGUAGUGUCUCUCCUCUCCCAGGCACAGUGCCAGGUUCGACAGUCUUGUGAUUUGACGUACAGACGCUUGUGCGUUCCACUCGAUUCAUUCAAGGCUCCAGAUGGCCAGCGACGACUCUCUGCCUUCUUCUCGUCGCGCUGCUUAUCCUCAUUCUUCAGCUCUUCCCCCUCCCCCCCUUCCCCGGGUCGUAGGUCACUUCAUUACCAGCGAAUGAGUGACCCUUGACCUUCACUCUCCAUAUCAAACUGUCGGGUCUCCUUCCUCACUGUCGCUCUGCGUCACCUUCGUUGCCCGCAGAAGAGGAAGAUGCACAGAGAGAGCGUUCUGCAUCAGAGAAGAGGAGAAGGAGGAAAUUGCGUACGUCUCGCGCUCCUCAGUUCUUGCAAGAGGAAAGUUGAGACACACUCCUGAGAUGGAGUCUUCAGACUCACAAGCGGGUCCUGGCCUCUGCGGACCACAGCGGGGCGGAGACAGCAGCCGAGAGGCUUUCCAAGCAGGCGAAUACGCCUGGGAAAGCGAGGAGGUUAAGGAGAAUGGAAGCGAAAUGCAGAAGAACGAAGAUCCUUGCCGCAAGUCCUCACAUCCUACGGACUACUCGUCUGCGACAGAGCCGCCUUUCUCUCCCGGCGUCCCUUGCGCGAAAGAAUACCCUUCUUCUCUGUCUUCUUCUCUCCCUGCUUCUUCUCUCCCUGCUUCUUCUUCUCUUAUCUCGUCUCCUCUUUUCUCGUCCUCUGCUUCUUCCUGGAGGGAUUCUCUCAGCUCGUUGGUGCCUGUAACAGUCGCCGGGACCAGUGUCGGGCCGGUAACAGAUCUUUGCGUGGAGGCGAUGGGCUUUGAAGUCUGUCGAGGGAACGGAGAGUUUUAUCUCGAGUUUUUUUUUCGUCUGAACCACGCAUGCUUCGCUGACUCUUCUCGUCCUUGUUGUCACCCUCAUUCUCCGGCGCCUAUCGCCUCGCACAGCGCUCCAGAGACCGCGAACCGAGUCGCCGCUUCUCUCGCUCUCCCUGCCCAAUUUAGGCCUCUUCCACACUCGUCGCAGAGUCUCCGGUCGCAAGGCGUAACAUCCCACAACUCGUGUGUUCCUCUUUCGUUUCCUCCGCGUUUGGCUGACAUUAAAGCUGGAGGGGCCUUGAGCGGUCAACCGGAGUCGAGUUCCGUCCCUGUUUUCCACCAAGAACUCGAAAUGGCCGUGUUGCCCUCCUCGGAGACCACGAGCAAGGAAGCUGGACCCAGCGAAAAGAGACUCCUCCGCUCGGAGGCGCCAAACGGCGCGCCUGACCGCGAUCGCAACGAGCUCCUCUUUCCCUUUCGCGCCAGAAGACACACACCCAGGCGGUCGAGUGUCACUCCGAAUUUCCGAAUGGAAGCGAAGAGCCAGGCAAACGACGGAAACAAAGCAGCACAACAGACCCGAGAAGGCGAAGACAGGCGAGACGAAGACCUCCGACGCGAAGCCUCGGAGGCGCGUGAAGGAGAGGAAGCCGCAGUCAUUCGGGGCUUGAGAGGGCGAGACAGGGAAGAGCGCGACGAGAGGCGGGCCUCAAAUUCGACAGGAAGGAAACGAGGAGAAGGCGAAUCUGUAAUGAAGGUCACGCCUCCGCUGCGGAGACGGUGGAGCACCAGCAGCACGCGGUUGGCCUUUCAGUUGGUUCAGCAGAGGCAGAGACAGCUCCUGGAGUAUGUUUCCGCGCUGCUGAGGCGCCCCGAUGUCAUGGGUGAUCGGCAGGUGCUCGCCUUCUUCAAUCUGCUGCCAUCCUACAAAACGGAGACACCUGUCUCCUCAGGCAGCCAUGGCGCUGUGUGCCCCGUCUGCGCCUCGUGCCUCGGCCGCAUGCAUCCUCUGAGGCCCCUGCUGCUUCUUCAGUUCCGCGGCGCCCGACGCGCAACGUUUGGAGUUCUCGCAAGACUAUCGCCGUCUGGGUGUCUCCGCGGAGAAGGCAAAGUGGCGACGGGCAGGCGAUCCGGCUUCAGUGGCGAGGCGAAAUGUGACUCUGUGUUCGACAGAAAAAAAAACAGCGAGGGUGCUUCUCGAAACGAGAAAGCUGACUCUGCGCCAGGGAUUCUCUUCGUUUUCCUUCUCCACCGCACGGCCUCUUCCUUCUUUUCGCGGGUUGUCAGUGGCCUUCAGCGGCGCGCCUCAGCGUCGCUCUCGCCGCUGCGGCUUCAAGAGCAGCUGUUGGGCGCAGCCGCUGUCGGCGACUCCGCGGGGGUGUGUGGCAGCAGGGCGGAACAACAGCCUGGAGGGUCGGCCGCGAGGAAACUCCUCUUCCAGGAAGCGGGGGCCCACUACUUCAAACGGGUGUCUUUGGUGACAGCGACCUUCAAUCCCCUCAGGUUUUGUGGCUCUCGCCUCUCGCCCUCGCCUGUGUCUCCACAGUCUUGCCUGUCUCCCUUUCGCCGCGCCCCAAAUCUCUUCGGCUCCCCAACCGGCGUUGGGGGCGGUUUGGAGGCAGAGACGAGCAGUGAAGGCACGAGCGUCGCCAGCGAAGUGGAGCACGAAGGCUCUUUCGUCUCGCUUGGAACGAGGAGACUGGGAGACAGUGGCGGACAUCGCGGCGCUUCUUAUGCCUCUCCCAGGACUGCUGUUAGGAGCGAACAAGACGCGAGACAGAUAUUGGAGACUGUCCACUCCUCGCCGCUGGAUGAAGGGGUGUCUCCACCCCAGGGAGCGGAUUUGGAAGUCUCGGUUCGCCUUGGAGAGAAACGCAGCACCCGACGCAUGCACCCUGAACCUGCGUCUUAUCCACUGGAAGGUAAAACGACCUGCCUUCCUCUUCCCGCCCCUCUCACUUCAUCCUCUUCUUCCUUUUCUUCAUAUUCUUCUUCUUCGUGUUCCUCUUCAUCUUCCUCGUCUGGCACAGACGGGUGUGUGUGGCCAUGGGCAUUCGGGCCAUCCCUGCCGGAUUGUGGGAGAUCUGGCGCUGUCGCUUCUCCCUGGGGUUCCCUCCCUCCUAAGCAGCAGAGUCUGCUAAACGAAUUUCGAAAGUUUCACCAAGAGCGUGCAGGUUACCUGCCUGGCCGAGCGUCUUCCUGCUGCUUCUCCUCUUCUCUUCGCCUUCUCCUCAUCGGACUCGCCACCGGCGGCAUUAUCUGUGGCGCCGUCUUCCCUCCCCCUUCUCUCUGUUCAGAGUCGUCUAGUUGUUCUCCAGCUGCGUCCUCUCAUCUUCCUUCGUCUUCCACGUCGUCUCGUCUCCCUUUGUCGCCUUCUCCUCCUGUUGUCUCUUCUUCUGAACGCCGAUUCUGUGACGAGACAGCAGAGGCACGAGACCCUGGCGAACAGCAUCGGCGGCGCGAGCCUUCUGCUGCAGUGGUGGAAGGACGCUCGAGCGAAGAACCUGAGAGAGCAGAAAGACCGGCCGGAUCCAGAAAACCUGUCGCAUCUCGUUCCUGUGCGCGCGUGUCUCUCUCGGCUUCCAGUAUUCCCUUUAAAAUUCUUCCAUCUGCAAGUUUUCUGCAGACCCCCCAGAGAAGCGGUGACGACACCGACGCCCAGAAAGAGCACUGGGCCCCCUCGCGCCGCCUCACUGUCUCCGAUGUCUCCACCGCCUCGGCCACUGGCGGAGACAGAGCCGACAGAGGCCCUGCCGAGUGUUCCGCGCACCCAGCUGUACAUACACUCCGUGCAGAGACUGUGGGGCGGGUUGCAGGGGGCCUUCGAAAACGAGGAGAAGCAGGAGUAUGCGAGUCGCCUCCAGUUUGUUUCCUCUCGAGUUCCAUGGAAGAAGGCGCACAAAAUCUCAACUACCAGGAACUGCAUUGUACUCAGCACGAGAGAGAAACAGAGUCGGGGGCAGGUGUACAGACUCCCGGAGGGAGGUCAGAAGCACCUGCCUCUGCUGCUUCGUGUUGUGCUGGAGUUUGCACACACCCCUGGACUCCGACAACGCUUCCUGUGUUUCAGCCACACAGAGGUAGCGUGACUGUUUUGCUGACCGUCGAGGCACCCGUGCUCGACAAAGUUGACGAGACUGUGACGCUCUUGGUGUCUGCGGCUCGCGACCGUCAGGUGUACGUACACGUGGCGUCGACAGGGCGGCUCCUUCUUCGGCAGGAAAUCCCGGCAGUCGGCGCGCCACGCGUCGGUCGUGCAGACGACGCUCUUCGCCUUCUUUUUUUAGGAUGCGAUGAUGGAAGCAUCUGUGUCUAUCGUCUCGCUCUUCUGUCGCCCUCGAAAAGUGGCGUUGCGGGUGCGGGCGAAGCCGGAAAUCUCUCUUCUUCCUUGCCUGGGGCGGCCGCGUCGAGAACAUUAGGCACAGAAGAGUUAAACAGUGGAAACGGCGCUCAAAUGCCGCCUGCGAAAGUCUCUUUUGGGUCUGCUGAAAAACCGAGAAAUAUGACAGAUCUGUCUCAAGACAAGGAGGCCUACCGGGUCCGGCUUGUCGUGGCGGCGGUGGCGAGAGGAACGCUCUCAGGCUCCCCAGACGGCAGAACGCAUGCCUCUCCAUCUCUGUUUUCCCCGCUGAAAGACAGAGGCGCCGAUGCUUCAAAGGUCUGCGCCGCGCCGCAGGGACAGCAGGUGGCGGAAGGUCUUUCUUCUCGUCUGUCUGCUUUGUACAGCCUUCCGCGUCUCGGAGCCCAGGAAGAGACGCCCAGUCAAACUUCCACUUUCUGUCGGAAAAUCGAGGCUAUGUGUCUUGCGCCCGAGCGACAGCUGCUCUUCACAGCGACCACUGAGGGAUGGAUCCACGUGUGGCGAUACCACACAGAGCCUCCUGCCGGAUCUUUUGAUGACCCCUUUUCACGGUCUACCACUCGGCCCUCUGACGGAGACAGUGACGCAGCAACCAAUGCGAACCGUACCGGCCCUCCUAUUCCAUGCGCCGCUCGCAUCUCAGCAUCCUUUUCGAGUACGGCUUCCACAUCCACGCCCCAGCGUUCUCCUCUGUACCGUGGGUACGUGGAACUUCAGUCACGUUCUUCGCCGCCCUGCAGCGACGGUCCGAACGCCCCUCGGGGUGUCUCCUCGAGACCCGAGGAGCACAACGAACGACUCGCGACUGCGGGGGCGGCUGCGGGCCCCCAAGUGGCGCACACCCCGGUGUCUCAACAGCAGAAUGACGAGGAAACUUCUGGCGAAACGACGGAUGGAGUGCAUGCAGUCUGGAGGCGAACCCAGGGAGUCUCAUCCCAGGAAGGUUCGAUUCGCUUGGAACUCUUAGGGAGACUCGAGUGCAUCGCUGCCGGCAUGCGUGUAGGCGCUCUGGCGUGGUGGCCCUCUGGGAGUGUCCUGGCCGUGGCCAGUGUUGAGAAGAAGCGAAAGUUUCUCCACCCCCGAUUACCUCGAGGAAUGGGGAAUCGGGAGAGAACCGCUGGCAAGGGCGGAGUGAUUUCGUUCGUUGCUUUAGGCGGCGGCUCUCGGAAAAGCCCGCAGGACUGCGGGGGGCCGUUGCCCCUCUCCGACGUCUGGAGACAAGCCCACUGGGUGUUUCGAGAGAAGCCACUCGGUGGUUCCGACCAAGGAAACUGUGGGGCGGGCGGGAGGGCCGAGAGCCAGAGCCAUACAGCCGCAGAGGAAACAGAGGCGCGGGGACGACUUGGGGGGCGCCGUGAAGACCGAACGAGAGAGACGGGGAUUCACGGAGGGAUGGUGUGUGUGUGGCGCGCGCAUGCAGAGAGUAUAGUGGACCUAUGGAUGCUCGAGGAAGAAGCGAUGAUGAGCGUCGACAGAACCGGGGCCAUCAAGCUCUGGCUGCUGCCGCCAGUUUGCUGAGGGUGGAGAAAGGGUAUUUUGAAAAAGGGUCACAAACGGAAAAGAGUCAGGAGGGAGUUGUGUGGAGUGAAAGGAAGAAAGGCCAAAGUCUAAAAUAUAAAAUGGGAGAGGUAGGCGCCACAUAGGCGGAAAUUGACCAAGCUAGAAAUGAAGUCAGGUCUUAGACUUCUCUUUUUUUGGACAUCGGCAGUCGUGGCGAAAGAAGAAAGCGUUUAUCCAGCACCCUCUGGGAUAAGGGCCUGUCGAACCUCGAGAUUGCUUCGUGUGACCCGCUUUCCUGUCUAAACGCAAGUUCCAACAGCUGAAGGAAUCGGAAUGGAAGGUGUAAACCGAGUCAGCUGUGUUUCGUUAACGAACCAAGACCUGUCGAAUAAAUUGUACCUUCUGCUUCACGAACAGGGCACUGACUCCUCUCGAGGCUUCGUGUUUGUCGAGACAAAGAAUUCCGAAUACGGACAG